UGUUGUUACAGAGAAUCAAAAUCGUAACCUCUACUUGCAAAAAAUUAUGAUGUAUUUUUUACCGGUUUCACAUUAGCAAAAAGUAAAUAAGCAGACUGUUUUGCAUGGGAGUUUCGUUUAACAAUUUUUAUUGUAUUUACUCACCGCCUUAUAAUUUUUUAAACAUUUAUUGUCCUAUUAAAUGUGAAAUUCGCGCUUGCUGAAGUUUAGAAUUUUGUACAUAGUAGCUUUUGUGUUGUUUUGACUUUUAACUUUCUCUAAUGAGAGUGCGCAUGCGUUCGAUGAAUUCUGUUCUUGUUUUGAGAAACUCUCGUUCACAUUAUUUGUUUGUUUUCUGUUGUGUCCCGAAUUCGGCUCGAAUUUUGAUUUUUUAUAAAAGAAGAAGUUUUAAUGAGCAAUUUUUUGUAAACAUUUUUUUAGAAGGUAAUGUCUGUUCUGACAAUAGUAUCUGAAGUAUGAUAUGAUCCAAUUAUGUCAGCUAAUAAAUAUUGAAUAACAAACUAUUUAUUUAAAAUAAUUUGAAUAAACGUUAAAAGAAGGAUGCCUGGUUGGGGAUCCGGUUGCUUUGGAUCAUUUAAGAAAAAUGGUGAUAAUUUUUAUACAAAGCAGUGUGGUUUAGAAGCUUCUCAUGAUGAAAGGUUGUCCAGCUUUAUCAGUGAGGACAAAAAAGGAACAUCAUUUGUGGAGUUGGAGAAAAAAGAAGGAAUGACUUUAGGACUUAUAAUUUCAGGUGGUAUUGACAAAAAUUCGAAACCUAAAAUUGCAAAUCUGAGGCCAGGAAGUAUAGCUCAUAGAAGUGAUGGUCUUGCUGUUGGAGAUCAUAUUAUUUCUGUAAAUGGUAUUCGAACUUGUAAAUUGAAACACGAAGAAAUAGUAAAUUUACUGAAAAAUGCUGGAAGUAAAGUUACGUUAGAAAUUGAGUAUGAAAUACCUUCUCCCAUUGAUAGUGCUAUUCCUUCGACAUCAAAAGUUAUUCAAGUGAAAUUAGAAAAAGAGAAAGAAAGUUUUGGUUUUACAUUAAGAGGUGGCAUUAAUAAUGUUCCAGGGAAAUCAAGACCAUUAACUAUUACUCAUGUAAGAUUUGGAGGUCCAGCUGAUAGAACUGGAAUUAUAAAAGCUGGAGAUAGACUUCUAGCUGUUGAUGGAAUAAAUCUGUCAGCAGCCAACCUACAAGAUGCUUUACAAGUUUUAAAGCAAUUGAAACAAACAGCCUUAUUUACAAUUGAAUAUGAUGUUUCCAUCAUUGAUGCAGUGAAAAAUGCUACUGGCCCAUUGUUGAUUGAAAUAGAUAAAACACCUGGCUGUCAGUUAGGUAUAAACUUAUCUCGUCUUUCUGUGCCUGAACAUGCUAUUGUUAUUGAAAGUAUUCGCCAAGCUAGUAUUGCUGAAAGAUGUGGUGCACUUCAUGUUGGUGAUCAUCUUCUUGCUAUAGAUGAUAUUAAAGUUGACUUAAUGACCUCCGCUGAAGCUAUGCAGCUGUUGAAAUCCUCUUCAGGAGAAACUGUGAAAUUAGAAGUUAUACCAUUUAGUCAGCUAGCUUUAAGGUCAACCCCUGAAAAUUAUACUCACAGAGGAUUGGUGUCUACACGACUUUCAGCUGUCAGGUCUAGUUUUACUAAUUCUGGUUACAACACUCUUUCAUCUCUGAGUGCUGCUACUUACAACUUGCCUAGUCAAUAUUUAUCAAUACCAUCUCCAUUAAUAACAAAAAGAAUUAAUGAUGGGGGUAAUUUAUGCAAUGCUAUCCCAGAUGUCUUACCCAGUUCCUCUGAUGCAUCUUUAAGUUCGAAUACAAUCUGUACAAGUAUUGCCCAUGCUGAUAGGACUGAAGUAAUUUUACAUGCAGAUCACAAAGGAUUUGGGUUUAAUCUUCAAGGACCAUCUUUUUCAUCAGAUAUACUAAUUACUCCACCAUUUAUUACCACUAUUGAUCAUGGAAGUCCUGCUGAAAGGUGUGGAGUUUUGCAUGUCGGUGACAGAAUAUUGGCCGUUAAUGGGGAAACUACUGAAGGAAAUUCUCUCGAUGAAGUUACUAACACAAUAAAUAAUUCUCAUCCUCGUGUUACUCUUAUUACUGAAUUUGAUGUUGCUGAAGCAGUUGUUCCAAGUAGUGGAACAUUUAUAGUAAAAUUAGUAAAAAGUAGUGCAGCAUUAGGUAUUUCAGUUACUGCUCCAAGAAACAGACAAAUUGGGGAACCUUUGAUAAUAGCAGAUGUUAAGAAAGGAAGUGUUGCUCACCGAACUGGCUCAAUUCAACCUGGUGAUAAGCUACUUGCCAUUAACUCAUUGAGAACUGAAAACUGUACAGUUGAGGAUGCUGCAGCAAUUUUACAUACCUGUACAGACAUUGUUAAAUUACGUAUCCGAAAAGAUGAAGCUUUUUCUGAGGAUCCGGAUGCUACUUGUGCUAUCAUAUAUACAGUAGAAUUAGUUAGGCAUGGUGGGCCAUUAGGCAUCACUGUGUCUGGCACAAAAGAACCUUUUGAUCCAAUUUAUAUAUCUGGUCUCACAGAAAAUGGACUGGCAGAAAGAACUGGUGCAUUACACAUAGGAGAUAGAAUUUUAGCAAUUAAUGGUCAUAGCUUGAGAGGUAAAACAUUAAACGAAGCUAUAUGCAUUUUACAAACAUGCGGUGAUGUGGUUACUUUGAAAAUUUCCAAGUGCCCUUGCCCUGAAAAAACUGAUGAUGAAAACAUGAAAAUUAAGUGUGUUCACUGUGUUCCUGAAAAUCAUAUAAAAACAUUCACCACCCCAUUAUCUAGUGUUGACAGUGCUGUUGACUCAUGGGAUAGCUGUAACCAAAAUCUAACUGCUGGUAUUUCUCUAAACAAGACUAGCUUAUAUGAUCAUUCUAAUAGUGAUAGUAAUAUAACUGCUUCAUAUCGAAAUUCAAUUCAGCAGUCUGGUAGAAAAAGAAAUGAAGAUGAGCAUUUUUGGGAUCAUAAAGUUCAGAGAUCAAAUAGCUAUUCUGGCAGCCAGUCUGUGCCAUCAGAAGGAGAAAAAGAGAGUUGGCACAAUGUCUUAGAAGAUUUGCAAACUUGUGGACAGUCAAGUUGGUUGCGUCAAAUUGAGCAAUCAAUAUUAGGUCUAGAUGAGUGCAGUCUAUCUCCUAAAUCCCCUGAUGAUGAAAAAAUGGAUAACAGAUCAAAAACUCCAUCUGAUACACUUUCAGAAAAUAAUUUACAUGAAUUAAACUCUAAAAUUGAACAGUUAAAUACAAGUAUGAAAGAUAAAAACAAUUUCACAAGAGUUCAAGACCAAGGAAAAUUUAAAGAUUACUCAUACAGACAUAGCUUAUGUGUUGAUUCUACUAAUUUUUACUGUCCUUCCUCAUCUUUUUCUGCUCCAUUGCCUAUAGAAAUCCACAAAGUGACUUUAUUUAAAGAUCAGAUAUAUGAAGACUUUGGUUUUAGUUUGUCUGACAGUGAAUAUGAAAAUGGAGUUUAUAUUAACAGUAUUCGCCCUGGUGGACCUGCAGACUUAAGUGGAUUAAUCAAGCCUCUGGAUAGAAUUUUACAAGUAAAUAACGUCAAAACAUACAAUGCUGGCCUGAUUGUUCCUUUAAUUGCCUCUUCUGGUGACAGAAUUGAAUUAGUUAUAAGUCGUCAAGCAUAUGACAAUGUAUCAUCAUCAGAAAGUACACUAGGCAGAGCUAGUAACUUGAACGCUUGGCAUGAAGAAGGUGGUGAAAAAGAUGGCAGUUCAUCUCCUUUGUCUGAAACAAAGACAUAUACUAAAACACUUUAAUUUUUAGUCGAGCUAAAUUAAAUGUUUAUAAAGUUGUACAUUUUGUUGCAAAAACUAAUUUUAAUAUGAUACUGGUCUUGUAUUGUUUUAUGGUGCUACAAUUGUGUUCAUAUUUCUGUAUGUACUUUAAAAAAAUAGUGUAUAUAAAGAGUGUGAUGUUAUAGUCAAAAGCAAAUGCUUCAUACCAUAAUAUUUCUCAGGUUUUCCAUAUUUUUAUAAUAUAUAUAUAAAUGUAUCAUGUUUGUUUGUUUUUAAAUAUAUAUUGUACAACAAUGAACACUUGAUUUUUGAAUCUGCUUUUAAAAAAGUAAUAAAGGAAGAAAAAUGUUUAAAAUUGUAUAAAUUUUUACUGUUGUAUAAAUCGGGUAAUCGUGAAUUUUGUGUCUAUACUAAUAAAAUUAGGAUAUUUAUUUUUAUAAAUAAAUUAAUACAAAUUAUGAUUUGUUAAGAUUUCUGAAAUUAAAAACUUUUCAUAAUUUGUAAUUAAGAGUGGCACAGAGUUUUUAUGCACAAUGAAAUCUAUGUUGUAAUUUAAAAGUUGUUUGCUUUUGAAAAGUUAACAUGUGUUUUAAUUAUGUUUGUGUUUAUGUUAAAGUAAAAAAUUAUAGAAUGUUUCAUGAAUAACUUGAUAGUUUUUUUCUAACUCAUUUAUGAAUUUUUAAAUUUUUAUUUAAAAAAAAAGGUUUAUUGUCAAAACUUCUUCAUUCAUCAACUAUGUAUCCUGCUUUCACUAAUUAAUUUGCUUUACAUUAAGUAGUAGUUGGAAAUAUAUUCUUUGUAGAUCUGAUUAUUCACAAAAAAUGUGUCUAGUGUUAUGUGAGACAGGUGAUUAUUAAAAAAUUAUAUAAAUUAUUGAAAAAAAAUGUUUUAAAUUUAUAUAGCUUAAAUUCAGAUCUUUAAAAUGAUUAUAACCAAAAAGCAAAUUUUAUUUAAAGAUUUGAAGUUUGUUAAGAUAGUUAGAAAGUCUAUUUGAAAAAGUAAAUGAAACUAAAAUAAACAAUAUUUUAUUUCGAAAUUGGAAAAAUGUAGUUGUGGAGAAAUAUUUUUACCAGAAGUAUUAAGACAAAAAUCUUAGCAACUGCUCAAUGACUCUGGCACACAUGUCGAUAAAUAAAUGUUAGAAAAGAAUACAUAAUAGCAUUCAUAAUAAUAAUAAUACAAAAUAACUGUAUAGAAUAUAUAAUAGCUUUCAUUUGUUCUAAUUCUGAAAUGUCUUUCAUAAUUUUUUUUGUUUGUUAAAAAGUACUUUUUGAACGUCCAUAAGUUUUAUUGCAUUUUCUGCAAAAUAUGAAAUUCUGAUUUUUUUCUGUAUUUACUAAUAUUUAUUCUUCAAAUAAUGUGAUAUGAGGACACUUUUCCCGGAAAAAAAAGUGCCCAUUUAUCUCAAAGUCGGGAAACAAUUGUUUUCUAAAGCUACAUCUAGCCAAUAAUUCGUAAGUAGUUUUUUUAAACUGUUUGCUAGUAAAUUUGAAAUAAAGAAAUGCUUUGCAGCAUAUGUUGAAUAUUGAACUACCGAUACAAGGGUAUUUAUUCAUAUAUGUUUUGAAUUUUUGUUAAUUUCAAAGGGGUAAAAGAAAAGAAACUUUUUGAUGAUAUUGAAAUGUGUUAUAGGAUGCUGGCAAGAGGGGCCAAUAAAAAUUUAUCCAAACAAUACAU